CACCGCCCUUCUGUUGAUCUGAUUUGUUUGUUUGCUACUCGCAGCGGCCGCUCAAGUUAUUUUGGUUUCCCGGCUGGAUAUCAGUCUUUAAAAUAAAUGUGAAGCUUGGAGCACAGGGUGUUAAGUUUGGAACAUGUCGUGCAGUUCUCAGCAAUGAAUAGGAAACGGCUGUUAAUAUCGGAUGCAUUUAAAACAAAGAAACCAAGACUUGAACCGUUUGGAUUCCAAGAAAAUGGAAAGAGCUCUGCAUUUCAAGAUGAAACGCUUGACACAAAAUCGGCCCUGCAGUAUCUGGUGUCUCUCUUCCCUCGGAAGCUCUUUAACGACACGCUUCCUCCCAUCAUUUUGAAGCAUCAGCUUUACAGCCUCACUAAAGACCGGACACUGGUGGACAGACAAGUGAGUGAACUGAAAGAUAAAGGAGAAAUUCUGAUAUUUCAAAUGGGCUUCGACCCAGAGUCCUUUGCUAUUGUCUUCACAGAAGAUUACAAAGCAAAAGCCUUGGCGGCUGAGUCUGGCCAACAGACGUUUGGCACGGUGCAGAAGUUUUUCGACACGGUUUUGAAGUCCUGUAGCGACCUGAGCUUCAACAAGGAGAAAAUGUUGAAGGAGUUUUUAUUUCGAGAUCAUGAAAUUACGCAGCUGGUUAAAUCUGGGGUGCUGACAGUAAGAGAUGCUGGGAGUUGGUGGCUGGCGAUCCCAAACAGUGGACGAUUUGCAAAGUACCUGAUUCAAGGCCGAAAAGCAGUGCUUGGUAUGAUUAAGAAGACCAAAUACAAUGAGGUGUUAAGGAGGGACCUGGAGGGCAGAAAGAUGACCUCACAAGUGAAGCUGGGCAUUCAUUAUCAUAUCCAUGACCUUAUUGGAGCAGAGCUUGUAGAUUGUAUUCCGACGACAACAGGCACUUUACUGCGUGUUGCAGAUGGAUGAAGAUCAAGCCAACACAUUCUUGGACUAGCUCAUAAAUACAAGAAACAUGCCAGGAAUCAUGUGAACAAAGAUUUAUCCAGAAAAGAUGGACAACUUGUGCCACCCCCUCCAUUUCAACCCAACAGAUGAAGGAGCCAACUUUGCCAAUGGACUUGUAUAUAUUGAAAAAGGAAAAAAAUGCUAUACAAAGGACAUGAGAUUGAUUGAUUGAUUAAAAUUAUGCAGAAAGUACAUCUGUAUGUCGCUUGAGUGGACUCGUAAGACGGUGUUUCCAUGUCGGCUUUAAAGCAACAAACGUGCCUUUUCAGACAGUAAACUGGUGUGGAACUUGGCCAACGCUGAAGAAAAAGAUGCAGGAAGGAGCAGCUUCACCAGUUGUGCCAGUUUAAUAAGUUUAGAGGAUUUUUGUGCAUAGAAAGCAUUUCACUUCAGUCCAGAUUGACACCAGUGGGCAAUUUUUGCUGCUAGACUCUCAGUCUCCCACAUCUGCACACUGCAAACCAGUGGAACUCUGUUUAUGGUCCUGGAGGUCCGCAGUGGUUGUUCACACCAGUCCCAUAAUUAAGACACCUGAAACUUGGUGUUUAAUUAAAUGGCUUGUUAGCGCUGUCAUUCUUUCAGGAUGCAGUUUGUCUCGUCUUUUGUAAACUUUG